UUUGUCGAGAACUGUUUGUCUGAACGCCCCCAAGAAAAAGCCGAGCGGAGCAAAAAGCGGGACGCAGUUUGGGCCAAGUUUUUUGUGGCCCCCGUGCGUGCAGGAAAGGCAGAGAAAAGUGUCAGAAAAUUAGUUUUUCCAAAAACAGAGGAGGGCCAGCAUCGAAUUUCCCGGAUUGAAAGCGUGGAAAAUGUACACGCAGUAGUGCGGAAAAUGUGCGGCUGACGGAAGGAGGCGGUGGAGGUGGGAAAAGUUGCUGCACAUCAACACAACUGGAGAACACAAGAAACUUUUCAUAUCCCCGCAGUGAACGAUUAAAAGCAAAAGUAGCAGCAGCCACAGCAAAAUGACAGCAAUAAGUUCAAGCAAUAAAACACAGCUAGCCAGAAAUUGCAAACAUGCACUCACAUCACAAUAAGGACGGGCGGCGGACGAAAGCUUUAAAAUAGGAGUUAAUUACCGGACUCCCCAUCCCGCAGAGCACCCGGCACCCCGCACCCGGGACUCCCCACUAAACUGCCAAAUAAUAUAGGAAAUUAGCCAGCCGAAGGACGGAACCCAGCGAGGAGCGCAGGAAAGAAGGCCCUACUGUCAGCCGGGACACUGAAACAUUCCACCCCACAGCAUGGCCUCGGUCGCCGCUUGGCUGCCCUUCGCCCGGGCGGCGGCCAUCGGGUGGGUGCCGAUAGCCACCCACCCACUGCCACCGCCCCCGAUGCCCAAGGAUCGCCGCAAAACAGACGACGAGAAGCUCCUGAUCAACGUCUCCGGGCGGCGCUUCGAGACGUGGCGGAAUACCUUGGAGAAGUAUCCGGACACCCUUCUAGGUUCUAAUGAAAGGGAGUUCUUCUAUGAUGAGGACUGCAAAGAGUACUUCUUCGACCGGGAUCCGGACAUCUUCCGGCACAUACUGAACUACUACCGGACGGGCAAGCUGCAUUACCCGAAGCACGAAUGCCUCACCAGCUACGACGAGGAGCUGGCCUUCUUUGGCAUAAUGCCGGAUGUCAUAGGCGACUGCUGCUACGAGGACUACCGGGACCGGAAGCGGGAGAACGCGGAGCGGCUGAUGGACGACAAGUUGUCGGAGAACGGGGAUCAGAAUCUGCAGCAGCUGACCAACAUGCGCCAGAAAAUGUGGCGGGCCUUCGAGAACCCGCACACGUCGACGAGCGCCCUGGUGUUCUACUAUGUUACGGGUUUCUUCAUCGCCGUCUCCGUGAUGGCCAACGUGGUGGAGACGGUGCCGUGUGGCCACCGGCCGGGCAGAGCAGGAACUCUGCCCUGCGGCGAGCGCUACAAGAUCGUCUUCUUCUGCCUGGAUACCGCCUGCGUGAUGAUCUUCACGGCGGAGUACCUACUCCGGCUGUUCGCCGCCCCCGAUCGCUGCAAGUUCGUGCGCUCGGUGAUGAGCAUCAUCGACGUGGUGGCCAUUAUGCCGUACUACAUUGGCCUUGGGAUCACCGACAACGACGACGUGAGCGGAGCUUUCGUGACGCUGCGCGUGUUCCGCGUCUUCCGCAUCUUCAAGUUCUCGCGUCACUCGCAAGGACUCCGGAUCCUCGGCUACACGCUCAAGUCCUGCGCCAGCGAGCUGGGCUUCCUCGUCUUCUCGCUGGCCAUGGCCAUUAUCAUCUUUGCCACCGUCAUGUUCUACGCCGAGAAGAACGUCAACGGCACCAACUUCACAUCGAUUCCGGCGGCCUUCUGGUACACCAUCGUCACAAUGACGACGCUGGGAUAUGGCGACAUGGUGCCAGAGACAAUAGCUGGCAAAAUUGUGGGCGGCGUUUGCUCGCUCAGCGGUGUGCUGGUCAUCGCCUUACCUGUACCUGUUAUCGUAUCGAACUUUAGUAGAAUCUAUCACCAGAACCAACGAGCGGACAAGCGCAAGGCGCAGCGGAAAGCUCGCCUGGCGCGCAUCCGCAUUGCCAAGGCCUCGUCCGGAGCCGCCUUUGUCAGCAAGAAGAAGGCCGCCGAGGCCCGGUGGGCGGCCCAGGAGUCGGGCAUCGAGCUGGAUGACAACUAUCGGGACGAGGACAUCUUUGAGCUGCAGCACCAUCAUUUGCUGCGAUGUCUGGAGAAGACAACGGAUCGAGAAUUUGUCGAGUUAGAAAUUCCGUUUAACGGCCAGCCCAAGAGGCCGGGCUCCCCGUCCCCGAUGGCCAGUCCCGCCCACUCGACAAACAGUGCCGCCGGCCUGCUGCAGUCCUGCUGCGGCCGCUGCUGCUCCCAGCGCUACCAGGCCUGCGGCAAGUACAUGCCAGCUGCCAGCAAUGCUCAGAAUAGCCAAAACAAUCAGCCCAUGGAUGGCACCUACCUGGUGGAGGCCUCGUUCUGAGCCGGCAGCAGCAGGUUGGCGUCUGGAUGCUCAUCCUUGGCCAGGGACGCAGCCACAUCCCAAUCCAGAUCGAGAUGAUUUACGUUUACGUUUAGUCUAACUUGAAAAGUUUUUAAACUAAAUUGAAUUCGUUUGUAGACGACAUGUCGUGUGUGUUUAGUCGCCAAAUAUAAAAUUGAUGGACCCGAGGAAUUACUAAAGCCGAAAUACAACUGUAAUCUCUAAAAUCUGAUUUUCGAGUUUAACGAGCAAAAUGAUUAAUUAAAUGCAAGCCAUUGCAGACUCAAAUGAAAGCAUCUCCGAAUGUGUGAAGUAUAAAGGGCACAUUAAAAUAAAAUAAAACAAGUAACAAAUGAAAUAAAAGUGCCCAACCCAGAUUCUGCGGCGGCAAUGUCGGAUUUGAUUAGCGAAGACCCGUUAAUGAAAAAACCAAAUAUUAAUUAUAAUAAUAUGCAACACUAUUUACUUUAUUUAGGUGACAAGACAACAACAGCAAACAACAGAAACCGAAGCAUUUUAGAGGAAUUUACUGUGUAUGUUUUAAUAAUGUGAGCAUAAAUAGUUGAAGAAAGAACUCGAAAGAUCUAGCUAAUAGGAUCUAUAACUGACGAAGGGCAGAGUCCAAAAACCAAAAUAACAAUUUUAACAGCAAACGAUUUGUGUAGCCAGGAAACGAGCAAGGAAUGGAAGUUUACGAGAAAAUUAUGAAGAUAUUAAUACGAAUUGUGUAUUUUUUAAGUGGUCCGUAGUUUAGUAGGUGUGAUCUUCAUCGACUACUCCCCCAUUCUUUCUCAUCAGCAAUGAUCUCUUAGUCAGCAUUACCGCAUUUGUGUGACAACCUCAUUUUCCCACAAUAAAUUAUGUGUACAGCAAAGAGGUUUCAGUUCGUCAUUCAACCUUUUAUCCGAUGUACUCCAAAAUGAACUAAUCAAAAUCUAUUGAAAAACCAAAAUUACAACUUUCUUCCAAGAACUAAGUUAGCAAGAAAACUAUUUAAAUGUAUAUGUGUGUGUAGGAAAGGCUUUAACGAAUUGGAACAUUAACUAACUAAAUGAACUCUUAGCAAAUUCUAACAGCAACUUAAAGUAUAUUAAUUAAUUCUAAAUUAAAAUCAAACAUUUAAAAUUAGUUCAAGUAAACAACUUAAAAAACAACAUAAAUAUGGAGCUUGUAUGUAUGUAUGAUAAAUUUAUUAUGAUUACUCUAAUUAUUAUUAGUCGGCGAUGAAUACGAUAAUAGUGUUGCCUAUUUGUUUCUAACUCUCUAAGUUGCCUAAUAAUUUCCCAAAAGAACAAGCUAAACUUACAAAAAUCACAGCUGUCGUUAAUCAAAACGAAGCUGUGAGUAAAACGCUAAAGAGGCGAUUAUGAUUAGAUCGGAAAUAUACAAAAACCACAUCAAGAAGACAAGCAAAAAUUUGGUUACUAAAACCAACUCUUGUAGCGAUAUUCUAAAAGAAAACCAAUCUAUCAGAUAAACGAAAGUCGGGGUAGAAACCCAUAUCCGAUGGAGGAAGACGACAUUUCUCUUUUGAUUUUUAGUGAUAUGUAAUUCGAAUUGAGUGACAGCAAAACCAAAUACUCUGCC